AUGGGAUUAACUCCAGCUGAAAUUGUUACUGAACUUGAUAGGUUUAUUGUAGGGCAGCAUAAGGCUAAAAAGGCUGUGUCUAUAGCAUUAAGAAAUCGUUGUCGUCGAAAAAAUGUUGAAGAACCAUUGCGUCAGGAAAUUGCUCCAAAAAAUAUUUUAAUGAUUGGACCUACUGGUGUUGGUAAAACUGAAAUUGCUCGAAGACUCGCAAAGCUUACAGGUUCGCCUUUUCUUAAAGUCGAAGCAACAAAAUUUACUGAAGUUGGAUAUGUUGGUCGUGAUGUUGAAUCCAUAGUACGAGAUUUAGUUGAAAUAGCUAUUAAUAUACAAAAAGCUAAUGCUAAAAAAGAAGUGAAUAUUGCUGCAAAUUUAAAAGUAAUAGAUAGAAUAUUAGAUGUAUUAGUUGGUAAAUCAGCAUCUAGUGAAACUAGAGAAAAAUGGCGUGCUCAACUUUUAAAUAAAGAGCUUGAUAAUGUUGAAAUUGAAUUAGAUGUUAUUGAUAACACUAAUCCACUUAGUAGUGGAAAUUUUGAAAUUCCAGGUAUAAGUGGUAAUGCUUCUUUAGGUGUAGUAAACAUUAGUGAUAUGAUUGGUAAGGCUUUUGGUAGUGGUAGGACUAAGCGUAAAAAGAUGUUAAUUAAAGAUGCAAUGAUUAUCCUUGCGCAAGAAGAAUCUGAGAAAUUAAUAGAUCAAGAAAAAAUUAUUCAGGUUGCGUUACAAUUAGUAGAAAAUGAUGGUAUAGUAUUUAUCGAUGAAAUUGAUAAAAUUACUUCAAGGACUGAAAAUAAAGGUGGAGAAGUAAGUAGGGAAGGGGUUCAAAGGGACUUGUUGCCCUUAAUUGAAGGUACUACUGUUAACACUAAAUAUGGUGUAGUAGAUACUAGAGCAUUUCAUUCAUCAAAACCAUCUGAUUUAUUAGCAGAACUUCAGGGAAGGUUGCCUAUUAGGGUAGAAUUAAAGGCAUUGGAUAAGGAUGAUAUGGUUAAGAUUUUAACUGAGCCGGAGUCAAACUUAAUUAAACAAUAUACAGCUUUAAUUGCUACUGAAGAGGUAGAAUUAGAAUUUACUAACUCGGCGAUAGAACAAAUUGCUGUUUAUGCAGAAGAUAUCAAUAAAAAAAUUGAAGAUAUAGGUGCAAGAAGAUUACAUACAAUUCUUGAACAUUUAUUAGAAGAUAUAACUCAUAUUUCUAGUUUAACUUUUAGUGGUAUUGAUAUUAUUGAUGUUGAUGUACAAAUACAAAUAUCACCUGGCAUACCUAAUUUUACUAUAGUAGGGCUUGCUGAUAAAACUAUUGCUGAGUCAAAAGAGAGGGUAAGGGCUUCUCUUUCUGCUAUAGCUCCUGCUGACUUAAUAAAGGAAGGUAGUCAUUUUGAUCUUGCUAUUGCUUGUGCUAUACUUACUAGUAUGGGAGUAUUACCAAGUAGUGAGAUGCGAAAUUAUUUGAUAAUAGGUGAAUUGUCUUUAGAUGGGUCUAUUUUAUCGGUUAAUGGUGCUUUACCAGCCGCUAUUGGUGCUUUAUCACGAGAUAAAGGAUUGAUUUGUUCUAGAAAUAAUGGUCGUGAAGUGGCAUGGUCUGGAAAUAAUAGUAUUUUAGCGCCUAAUAAUCUUAUUGAGUUAGUUAAUCAUUUUAAAGGAAACCAAAUCUUAACUGCGCCAGAAGCAGAAAUAGAUAAUGAUAUAAUAAAUUAUCCAGAUUUUAAAGAUAUAAGAGGGCAAAAAAUUGCUAAAAGAGUAUUAGAAGUGGCUGCAUCAGGUACAGGAAAAUCUAUGUUAGCACACUGCCUGCCUGGAAUAUUACCGAAAAUAUGUCCAAAAGAGAUUUUAGAAUGUAGUACUAUAGCAAGUGUUGCAGGUAGAAUAGAAAAUGGUAAACUUUCGAGAGCUAGACCUUUUAGGGCGCCACAUCACUCCUGUUCAAUAGCUGCAAUGGUUGGUGGAGGAGUAGGUAAGCGAGUGAAACCUGGAGAAAUAUCUCUAGCUCAUAAUGGUGUUUUAUUCUUAGAUGAAUUGCCUGAAUUUCCUCAAAAUGUUAUUGAAUCAUUAAGACAACCAAUUGAGACUGCAGCUAUGAAUCCAUGUAAAUGUGGAUAUUUAGGAGAUGAGUAUAAGGCAUGUGUAAGAGCUCCAAAAUGUGGAAGUGAUUAUCAGAUGCGGAUUUCUGGGCCAGUAAUGGAUAGAUUUGAUUUACACAUAGAAGUCAUGAAUGUUGGUUCUUAUAAUAUAAUAGAGAAUAAUGUAGAAGAAGAGUCGAGUCAAAUUGCUAUUAGAGUUGAAAGAGCAAGAAAUAUUCAGCAAAUUAGGUAUAAUAAGUGUGGUAUCAAAACGAAUAAUCGUUUGGAUGGACAAUUAUUGAUAGAUUAUGCAAUGCCAAAAGAUAAUGGUCAACAAUUAUUAAAUGAAGCAAGUAAUAAAUUUCAGUUGUCAAUGCGUGCUUAUAAUAGAAUUUUAAGGGUUGCAAGGACUAUUGCUGAUCUUGAUCAAUCGGAUAAUGUUUAUAAGGUACAUAUUGCAGAAGCGUUAAUUGAUAAUCCUAUUAUUUCACGCCAAAUAUUAUUUGGUAAUCCUGAUAAAAUUAAUGUGCGACUUAGUCCUGAUGGUAAGUAUAUUAGUUACUUAGCACCUAAAGAUGGGGUAUUGAAUAUUUGGAUUGCACCAUUAAGUGAUUUAACAAAAAUAGAGGUGGUGACUGAUGAUAAAGAACGAGGUAUUAGAACAUAUGAGUGGACAUAUAAUAAUAACAAUAUUUUAUAUGCACAAGAUAAUAAAGGAGAUGAGAAUUUUUGUAUUUAUAGUUAUAAUAUUCUUACAAAAGAGACAAAACUUCUUACUCCUCAAAAAGGCGUAAAAGCACAUAUAAUAGGGAUUACUGAUAAAAAGCCAAAUGAAAUAUUAAUAGGUUUAAAUGAUAGGGAUAAAAAAUAUUUUGAUAUUUAUAAGUUAAACCUUAGCACUUUAACAAAGGAACUUAUGUUAAAAAAUGAGCAAUUUGUUGGGUUUAUUGUUGAUAAUGAUUUGCAGUUACGCUUUGCUUCACGUGUUAGUGAUGAUGGGAGUGUUGAAUAUUUUCAAUUUAAAGAUGAUAAAUGGGAUCUUUAUACUAAAGUAUCUAUGGAAGAUUCUGCAAAUACAAAUUUUGUAGGAUUUGAUAAAAAGGGGGAGGUUGUAUAUUUACGUGAUAGUAGGGGGCGUAAUACUGCUGCGUUGAAAUCUAUUAACCUUACUGAUGGUAAAUCAACCUUAAUAGCUGAGGAUGAAUUGGCAGAUGUCAGACCAUUUAUUCGUCAUCCAGUCGAAAAAACAAUUCAAGUUGUUGCUGUUAAUUAUGAUAAGGUACGUUAUAAGAUAUUAGAUAAAUCAAUUAAGGAUGAUAUUGAAUAUCUUAUAACUUUUUAUAAAGGAAAUUUAUCUAUUAAUAGGACUUUGACUUUGGAUGAUAAUAUAUGGCUUGUAGCGUAUGAGAGUGAUAUUGCUCCAGUUAAGUAUUAUAUAUAUGAUCGUACAAAAAGGACGGUAAAGUUUUUGUUUAAUAAUAGGGAAGCUUUAAGUGAGGUAAAGUUGGCCCCAAUGUUGCCUAUUAUUAUUAAAUCUCGUGAUGGAUUGGAUUUAGUAAGCUAUAUUACUUUCCCGUUAAACACUAAAUUUGAUGAGGAUAACAAGCCAAUUAAUAAAAUACCAUUAAUUAUUUACGUGCAUGGUGGACCAUGGGUUAGAGAUUACUGGGGUUUUGAUGCAGUGCAUCAGUGGCUUGCUAAUAGAAAUUAUGUAGUUUUAAGUAUAAAUUAUCGUGGUUCAACUGGUUUUGGUAAGGAUUUUGUCAAUGCUGGUAAUAUGGAAUGGGGUGGUAAAAUGCAUAAUGACCUUAUAGAUGGGGUAAGGUGGGCUGUUGAAAAUAAUAUUGCAGAUCCUGAAAAAGUUGCUAUUAUGGGUGGGAGCUACGGUGGAUAUGCAGCUUUAGUUGGUAUGACUAUGACACCAGGUAUAUUUGCUUGUGGUAUUGAUGUAGUAGGUCCUUCUAAUCUUUUAACCUUAAUAAAAAGUGUGCCUCCUUACUGGGAACCAAUGAUCAAUCAAUUUAAAAAAAGAAUUGGUGCUUGGGAUACUAAAGAAGAAAGGGAAUUUUUGGAACAAAGAUCUCCAUUGACUUUUGUUGAUAAUAUUAAAAAUCCUCUUUUUAUAGCUCAAGGUGCCCAUGAUCCUCGGGUAAAACAAGCUGAGUCUGAUCAAAUUGUUAGGAUGAAGGGCAUGGUUUUGCUAGAGCAGAAAAUAGAUUAUCUUAUUAUGCAUUAG